AUCACCACAAGAGCCACCAUCAAUGGUCAAUCUCUCAUCUGUCCCCAUUUCCGAAAAGGGCAAAAUCAAAACGAUAUAACAAUGUAAUAAUUAUAGCAAUAUUAAUUUCAUCCUCCCAAAAUCUGUGCAAAAAGGGUUUUUGGUUUGGAUACUUAAUUCAGAUUCUUAAAUCCCACAAACUCACAUAUUUCUUCAAUUCAAGUUGACUGAACAUAAAAGUUUUAGCUUCUUCAAUAGUGAAUGAAGUUCCAGUGAAGGAUCAUGGAUUGUGAAAAUAAGGAUUCCGAGCUUAGAAAAUCUGGAUCUUCUCGCACAAGCAGUGCCGGUUCUUCUCUCAGGAGGCGUUCUUUAAGUUUAUCACUUUCUCUUCCUAAACAUCUAAAUGAUGAUGACGAUAGUGAAUCUGUAUCAGAAGCAGGAGAUAUUGGGGAUCGAGAGCUUCAAAGCAAUAGAUACAGUGGGAGUGGCAGGCUAAGAUUAAUUGGUGAAAAUGCACCUGAACAUGGAGUGGUUGUUCCCAUUUCAGAGGACUCUAUGUUGGAGUCCUAUGCCAAUCCAUUAUGUUCUUGCGAUCCCAAUUCUAUUAGCAGUGGUACUGCAGUAUCCCCCACAAAAUUAAUCUCUCAACCAGAGCAUAAGAAGAAUGAUGAGCAAACAGAGGUGCCAUGGGUUUUGGCGUAUGCUACAUGCCUCUUGUUUUUAGCUGUAUUUGGAAUAUUGGGGGUUUUGUUGAGGUAUGGUCUCCAAAAAUUAUUCGGACCAGGAAUAGUUGGUGCCACAAGUGAUCAUAGUUAUAUGUAUCUGGACCUACCUUCUAACAUGGUUGGUUCGUUCUUGAUGGGUUGGUUUGGUGUGGUCUUUAAAGAGGACAUUUCCAGAAUUUCAAGUCAAUUGGCAAUUGGAUUGUCAACUGGUUUUCUAGGAAGCCUUACUACUUUCAGUGGUUGGAACCAAAAAAUGCUCGAGCUUAGUGUUGAAGGGCAGUGGGUUUUUGUAGUUCUUGGCUAUCUUUUAGGUUUAUUUCUUGUUGCCUACUCGAUCAUAUUUGGAAUUGAGACUGCCAAAGGUGCCAAUUGGCUCUACAAAAGAACCACUAUGAACUCAUCCAACCCGGGCACCAACUACCAUUGGAGAGUAGAUAGCUGCAAGCGCCAUUUAAUAGUUAUAUUCUUUCUAAUACUCAUUCUAGCAUCGCUCUGGGGUAUGAACAUAGGACUGGAGGUAAAUGAAUUCAGCAGUGGCAGCCCAAAAGCACAGUUGUGGCUGGCCUGCAUAGUUGGUCCAUUUGGUGUGUGGAUCAGGUGGUUCUUAGCGCGACUAAAUGGACGUGGUUUAGGAAAAUCAGGCUUGCUCAAAUGGGUGCCUUUCGGGACUUUAAUUGCCAAUGUAUCAGCAGCUUGCGUCAUGGCAGCACUCGCAACCUUGAAAAAAGCAGUCGACACACAGACGUGUGAUACUGUUGCUUCUGGUAUCCAGUUUGGGUUUUUGGGCUGUCUAAGUACAGUAUCUACUUUCAUUGCUGAAUUUCAUGCGAUGAGAGGAAGCAAGUAUCCAUGGCGAGCGUAUGUGUACAUGUUGUGUACAACGCUUAUAUCAUUCGUCUUAGGGACACUUAUAUACUCCGUGCCUGUUUGGGUUGAAAAUUUUAACUAGAGUAUCAAAAAUACAAGAUCAGCAGGUGAUAUCGAACAGUAAGUUGUUCUCAGCAGAUCAGAUUUUGAUAUUUUUGGGUUGUUGAUGAGGUCCUCAUAUAUGUCCUUGAAAAUGCAACAGUUGGUUGUUUCCCAGCUCCAAAAGAAACAAGAUUAGAUACAAGAGAAUAUUACAAAAUUAGGAUAUGAAAAAUCUCAUUCUGAUACAGGUAAUUUGAUAAGUGCACAGUUUUAAGGAUGUAAUAUUCAAAUCGCAUUAAUAAAUUGUUGUAACUUCAAUGUAGGUAAAUUUUAUUUUUAAAUUGACAUAAACAAUUUAUAGUUAUUCUCUUUAAAUUGGCUCCUAUAGAUAUCUUUUUUUAAUGAAGGAAACAAUUGU